CCCAUCCCAAGCCCCUCCCUCCUGGCGGCUGCGGUCAACAGGCUGCUCUGGACCAUCAGCCAAUCAGCGGGCGGGCAGGGCCCAGGGGCGGGGCGCGCAGUGAACCUGCAGGAAUCGAACAUCCCCGGAGAGCGCAGCAUCAGCACCAGAACCCAGAGAAGGCGCCGCGGUCAGACGCAUCUUUCUCUCAGCCGUUCUGGCAGGCAGGAGCCUCAGCCGAAGCCUCGCCAAUGCCAGCCUCUCCCACUGCAGAGAGCUUGUAAGCCCCGCCAAGGGGCGUUUUUAGUACAGUCGUAGCAAGGGGAGAAAACCUUUGGACCAGCAGGAUGGCAGGAGCCUCUGUUAAGGUAGCAGUGCGGGUCCGUCCUUUCAACUCCCGGGAAAUCAACAAGGAUUCCAAAUGUAUCAUACAGAUGACAGGAAACACCACAACUAUCAUUAAUCCAAAGCAGCCUAAGGAGACGCCAAAAAGUUUCAGCUUUGACUAUUCCUAUUGGUCUCACACAACGCCUGAAGACAUCAACUAUGCCUCUCAAAAGCAGGUCUAUCGGGACAUUGGAGAGGAGAUGCUGCAGCAUGCUUUUGAAGGCUAUAAUGUCUGCAUCUUUGCCUAUGGCCAGACUGGGGCUGGCAAGUCCUAUACUAUGAUGGGCAAACAGGAGAAGGACCAGCAAGGCAUCAUCCCUCAGCUGUGUGAGGACCUCUUCUCCCGAAUCAAUGACACAACAAAUGACAACAUGUCCUACUCAGUGGAGGUGAGCUACAUGGAAAUAUACUGUGAACGUGUCCGUGACCUCCUGAACCCCAAGAAUAAAGGGAACCUGAGGGUGAGAGAGCACCCACUCCUUGGUCCAUAUGUUGAGGAUCUCUCGAAACUAGCUGUUACAUCCUAUAAUGACAUCCAGGAUCUAAUGGACUCUGGGAAUAAAGCCAGGACAGUGGCUGCCACCAACAUGAAUGAAACCAGCAGCCGCUCACAUGCAGUCUUCAAUAUAAUCUUCACCCAGAAACGUCAUGAUGCAGAAACUGACAUCACUACUGAGAAGGUCAGCAAAAUCAGCUUAGUGGAUCUAGCAGGGAGUGAACGGGCUGACUCCACAGGAGCAAAAGGCACAAGGCUGAAGGAGGGAGCAAACAUCAACAAAUCGCUAACCACACUGGGGAAGGUGAUUUCUGCUCUAGCUGAGAUGGACUCAGGACCAAAUAAGAAUAAAAAGAAGAAAAAGACAGAUUUUAUUCCAUACCGGGAUUCUGUACUUACCUGGCUCCUCCGAGAAAAUCUAGGUGGUAACUCUCGGACUGCUAUGGUUGCUGCUCUCAGCCCUGCUGAUAUCAAUUAUGAUGAGACCCUCAGUACCUUAAGGUAUGCUGACCGCGCAAAGCAGAUCAGGUGCAAUGCUGUCAUUAAUGAGGAUCCAAACAACAAACUGAUUAGAGAACUGAAGGAUGAAGUGGCUCGUCUGAGAGACCUGCUAUAUGCCCAGGGCCUGGGAGACAUUAUUGACACAAAUCCUGUUCCAGGAGGACCUAAAUUGACCAAUGCCUUGGUAGGAAUGAGCCCGUCCUCCUCCCUCUCAGCCUUGUCCAGCCGAGCGGCUUCUGUUUCCAGUCUCCAUGAACGCAUCAUGUUUGCUCCGGGCAGUGAAGAGGCCAUUGAGAGACUGAAGGAAACUGAGAAGAUCAUUGCUGAGCUGAACGAAACUUGGGAAGAAAAGCUGCGUAGGACAGAAGCGAUACGUAUGGAGAGGGAAGCUUUGCUGGCAGAAAUGGGAGUGGCUAUGAGAGAAGAUGGUGGUACACUGGGGGUAUUCUCACCUAAAAAGACGCCACAUUUGGUCAACCUAAAUGAAGACCCCCUGAUGUCUGAGUGCCUUCUGUACUACGUUAAAGAUGGAAUAACUAGAGUUGGUCGAGAGGAUGCUGAGAGGAGGCAGGACAUUGUUCUCAGUGGGCACUUCAUCAAAGAAGAGCACUGCAUAUUCCGGAGUAUCACGAAGGCUGGCAGUGAAGCAGUGGUGACCCUAGAACCUUGUGAAGGGGCAGACACCUACGUCAAUGGCAAGAAAGUGACAGAACCCAGCAUCUUGAGAUCAGGAAAUCGCAUAAUCAUGGGGAAAAGCCAUGUAUUUCGAUUUAAUCAUCCUGAGCAGGCUCGGCAAGAGCGGGAGAGAACGCCUUGUGCAGAGACUCCUGCUGAACCAGUGGACUGGGCCUUUGCCCAGAGAGAAUUGUUGGAGAAACAAGGCAUCGACAUGAAGCAGGAGAUGGAACAGCGGCUUCAGGAACUGGAAGACCAAUACCGGAAGGAAAGAGAAGAAGCUAAUUACCUUCUGGAGCAGCAAAGACUUGAUUAUGAGAGUAAAUUGGAGGCUUUACAGAAGCAAAUGGACUCAAGAUAUUACCCUGAGGCCAAUGAGGAAGAGGAGGAGCCUGAAGAUGAAGUGCAAUGGACAGAACGGGAGUUUGAGCUGGCGCUUUGGGCUUUCAGAAAAUGGAAAUGGUACCAGUUUACAUCUCUCCGGGACCUACUGUGGGGCAAUGCCAUUUUCUUGAAGGAGGCCAAUGCCAUCAGUGUGGAGCUGAAGAAAAAGGUUCAGUUUCAGUUUGUGCUGCUCACAGACACUCUGUACUCACCUCUGCCUCCGGACCUGCUUCCUCCGGAUGCUGCCAAAGACCGUGAGAAACGUCCUUUUCCAAGAACCAUUGUGGCUGUGGAGGUGCAGGACCAGAAGAAUGGAGCAACCCAUUACUGGACUCUGGAGAAACUCAGGCAGAGGUUGGACCUGAUGCGGGAGAUGUAUGACCGGGCGGCUGAAGUGCCCUCUAGUGUUAUAGAAGAUUGUGACAAUGUGGUGACAGGCGGAGAUCCCUUUUAUGACCGCUUCCCUUGGUUCAGGCUGGUUGGCAGUUCAGAUAUCUCUGGCUGCAACAGCUCUCCUAUUUUCAACACAUGCAUGAGCGAGCGCAUGGCUGAUCUCACCCCCUCCCCCACCUUCUCGAACCCUGACUCCGACAUCACCGAGCCUGCUGACGAGCAGCACGUGGGGAAGGAGGAGGAGGAGGAUGACCUGGAGGAAGACAUCUUUCCGGAGUACCCGCUGUAUGAUGGCCGGGAUCCAUUUUACGACCGCUCCCCCCUGUUCAGUUUAGUAGGAAGAGCCUUUGUGUAUCUCAGCAACUUGUUGUACCCUGUGCCUCUGGUCCACCGUGUUGCCAUUGUCAGCGAGAAGGGGGAAGUUAAGGGAUUUCUGCGAGUGGCUGUUCAGGCCAUCUCAGCGGAUGAAGAAGCACCAGAUUAUGGCUCAGGAGUACGGCAGUCGGGAACAGCCAAAAUUUCCUUUGAUGAUCAGCACUUUGAGAAGUUCCAGUCUGAGUCCUGUCCUGUAGUGGGGAUGUCCCGUUCUGGAACUUCACAGGAGGAGCUGCGCAUUGUAGAGGGACAGGGGCAGAUAACUGAUAUGGGACCAUCAGCAGAUGAAGUCAACAACAACACUUGUGCAGCCACUCCAGAGGAUCUUCUCUUGGACACUUCAGAGAAAUCUGCUACGGAUGGACCUUUAGAGGCAGCUUUGGACCACUUGAAACUGGGAAGCAUCUUUACUUUCAGAGUGACUGUUUUGCAAGCUUCCAGCAUCUCAGCAGAAUAUGCAGACAUCUUCUGCCAGUUCAACUUUAUCCAUCGCCAUGAUGAAGCCUUCUCUACAGAGCCCUUGAAGAACACUGGGCGAGGCCCACCUCUUGGCUUCUACCAUGUUCAGAAUAUUGCAGUGGAAGUGACCAAAUCUUUCAUUGAGUACAUUAAGAGCCAACCCAUCGUCUUUGAGGUAUUUGGACACUACCAGCAGCAUCCUUUCCCCCCUCUCUGCAAGGAUGUCCUCAGCCCUCUAAGACCAUCACGGCGCCAUUUCCCCCGAGUUAUGCCACUGUCCAAACCAGUGCCUGCAACCAAGCUGAGUGCCAUAACGAGGCCCAGCAUUGGCCCCUGCCAGUGCAAGUAUGACUUGAUGGUCUUCUUCGAGAUUUGUGAGCUGGAGGCCAAUGGCGACUACAUUCCUGCUGUUGUGGAUCACCGUGGAGGAAUGCCCUGCCUUGGAACAUUCCUGUUGCAUCAGGGUAUCCAGAGGAGGAUCACUGUCACCCUGGUGCAUGAGACAGGCAGCCACAUCCGCUGGAAGGAAGUGCGAGAACUGGUUGUUGGUCGAAUCCGGAAUACCCCGGAAGGAGAUGAAUCCCUCAUUGACCCCAACAUCCUCUCUCUGAACAUCCUCUCAUCAGAAUAUAUCCGCCCUUCCCAGGAUGAUCGGCAGUUUCUUGAUUCGGAUAUGCCUAGCAUGUCACUUGGAAAUGACACUAGGACGUUUUACCAAUUCGAAGCAGCGUGGGAUAGCUCCAUGCACAACUCUCUGCUGCUGAACCGCGUCACCCCAUACAGAGAGAAAAUCUACAUGACCCUCUCAGCUUAUAUUGAGAUGGAGAACUGCACUCAGCCAGCUGUGAUCACCAAAGACUUUUGCAUGGUCUUCUACUCCAGAGAUGCCAAGCUCCCUGCUUCCCGAUCCAUCCGUAAUCUCUUUGGCAGUGGAAGUCUACGGGCCUCAGAGAGUAACCGUGUGACGGGGGUCUAUGAACUCAGCCUUUGUCGGGUGGCUGAUGCUGGAAGUCCAGGCAUGCAAAGAAGACGAAGGCGAGUGCUUGACACAUCUGUGGCAUAUGUGCGAGGCGAAGAGAACCUCGCAGGCUGGAGGCCUCGCAGUGAUAGCCUCAUCUUGGAUCACCAGUGGGAACUGGAGAAAUUGAGCCUUCUGCAGGAAGUGGAAAAAACAAGACAUUAUCUGCUCCUGCGUGAGAAGCUAGAGACAACUCAGCGCUUUGUUCUGGAUUCCCUGUCCUCAAGCUGCAGCGAAGACUCUGAUUCCCGCAGCACAUCUUGUGUCUCAUCACCCAUCUCAGCUGAUGGUACCCCAGAAGGGAGGUCUCUACCACUGGACACCCCUAGUGAGAGGCAGAAGGAACUUGCAGUUAAGUGCUUGCGCCUCCUUACGCACACAUUCAACAGAGAGUACAGUCACAGCCAUGUCUGUGUCAGUGCCAGCGAGAGCAAGCUAUCAGAAAUGUCAGUGACUCUGAUGAGAGACCCUUCCAUGCCAGCCCUUGAUGGCAGUACUUUGACCCCCUCCUCUACCUGCCCGUCAUUGGUUGAAGGACGAUACAAUGGCACAGAAGCCAGAACUCUCCAGCUCUCUUCUAGGGUGGAAAGCCCUGAACCUGAGCCCAUAGUUGGAGAACAGAAAAAAUCCCCCAUUUGUGGAUCCGAGGAUGAAAAAGAGACCCAGCGCCUAUUGGUCCCUGAUAUUCAAGAAAUUCGAGUCAGCCCUAUUGUGUCCAGGAAAGGCUAUCUACAUUUCCUGGAGCCCCACACAAAUGGCUGGGUGAAACGCUAUGUGGUCGUGAGACGCCCCUAUGUCUACAUCUACAACAGUGACAAGGACUCUGUGGAGAGGGCUGUCCUCAAUCUCUCAACGGCUCAGGUGGAAUAUAGUGAGGACCAGCAGGCAAUGCUGAAAACCCCUAACACUUUUGCAGUGUGCACUGAGCAUCGUGGGAUCCUACUACAGGCAAGCAAUGACAAGGAUAUGCAUGACUGGCUGUAUGCAUUUAACCCGCUCCUGGCUGGAUCAAUAAGGUCCAAAUUGUCUAGACGGAGAACAGCCCAGACAAGAAUUUAGCCUAAAAGAGCCACCCACCUCACCAAACAGAAGUGAAACCAUGGGUGCUGUUUGAGGGUCCCCAACUUAAAUUUGGAUCUCUCCUGUCAUCCAUCACCCCAGAUGCCUGCACCACGCAAUGAUCCAUCUCAAGUUAGAGCUUCAUUGGCCAAACUCAUUUCUAUUGUAACUCUAGAAGCCUGGUACACCCUGGCUAUGAUGAAUUCUUGUGCACAUGUGAAUUUCCACCCAUCUCUUUAUUGGGUGGCCUAGGUGACAUAUGACCAGUAACAAAGCAAGAGCUUUUUUAAUUUUAAUUUUAUUUUUAAAGCAGUUAUUAAAUUUAAAGAGGCAGGAAUAUGUGAAAGCUUAGAGGUUACAAAUCAUGUUACUUAAAGGACAUAAAAGUGAUAGGAUUGUGUACUGAUAAUUCAUAACUUAUUAUUGACAUUUAAAGAUUUACUUGCUAAAACAAGAAAGAGUAGUAUGAGAUUAUAUUUAUAAAGUAUUUAUUUCUAUUUACUUCACUGAAAAAAAUGUACAUUAUGUUUAUCUUUUUCCCCCUUUCACACUUAACACACAUACAUCAUGCUGCAUCCUAGUUUUGGUCAAGGAAAAGAUGUGGAAAGUGGAACUGUGGGGUGAUGGGGUGAUGGCAGAGUGUCCCAUCGGCUGUUUUGUGAGGAAUCUUUGUUUUAUUUCAAACAUUACACUUGUCAGCUGCCUGGUCGUUGAGUGUUGUUUGUUUUUGUUUUGGUCACCUAUCCAUUUUUUGUUUAGCUCAGCCUAAGGGCCAAACUAGAUGUUGUGCAGAGAUGUGUGUAACAUCCCCCUAACCUUUUCCCCCAUCAGGUAUAAAGCAGCUUCAGGAAGCUAUUGGGAGUGAGGAUUGGGGACUGGGAGUAAGAAAACAGAGAUGGAAGAAGCAAGUACUUAAUUCUUUUCCUGAUGACCAUUUUUUUGCUCAGAACCACCCACCUCCAACUGCUUUUUCUCCCUGUGGAGGGAAUGAUAUACAUACUCUAUAUUUUCCCCUAUGGGAGGAAAAGCAACUGGGGUGCUGCUUUUGAGCAGAAAAAUUGCUGGUGUGGAAAAGGGUUAAACAGCCCGCCUGCCCCAUGUUCUUUUGCUCCCAAGUAGCAGUUUCCUGAAAUAGUUGUUUUUUAUUCUUCUUAAAGCCUAUUAGGGGAAUGCUACCUACAUCUGCAUGGGUCUGACUCAGUAUAUGGCAGCUUCCUAUACUCUUAUGUAAUGUCUUGACUGAGACCUUCCUUGUUAACUCAGUAGGGGUAUUUAAUUGGAGGUGAGUACAUGCUGUUUCCUGAAUUUGAAUCCUAGAAGUUCAGCAUUGUGACUAGAUAAAUACGAUGCCAUGAUUCUAUCUAAACAAAAAGACUCUAAUUUAAGGCCUAGUUUUAUCAAAAGGUGGAGACAUUUGGGGGCUUAGGAAAGGUACAUAUAUUACAGGUAGGUUUUGAAUUAGAUAGGGUUAUAAUGAUGAAAACAGGUUAGGUUCUAACAGGUGACAUAUUUAUAUUCUUAAUCAAUCAACCCUUGAAGGUGAACCAACAUAUCUCUCUUGGGCUAGGUACUCUCCUUUUUUUUUUUUUGUACAGUACUGUAUCCUCUGACAACCUCCCAGAAGAUUAAUCAGAAGUAUUCCUUGUAAAGCCCUAGGAUGCAAAGGAUGGAUUCUCUCUGAGGCAAUUCUCACGAUCGCCAAAACGCAGGCUAAGGGAGCCUAGCCCGCUUUGUGGCGUUCAUGGGCUGCCACGGGAGCCGCACAGCUCCCGUCACCAAACCGCCAAAACUACCCCUCCCCUUAGCCGAGGUUAACAGAGCGAAUGCUCCGUUAACCUCGGCGUUCUGCUCGUGUGUCGCUGCGGAACACGGUGACAUAUGAGUAGACCCCCGGCCGGGAGGCUACAAGCAGCCUCCCGGGCUCAGGGGCCCCUCCAGGAUGCCCCACAUACUCGCACAGGGCAUCCUGGAACUUCCGGGGGCCAUGUGGCCCCCAUCCCCACAGCCCCCGCCAGCUCCGUGACAGAGCUGGCAUUUGUGUGGGCGGCUGAUCCAGCCACUCAAGGCUGCAGGCUUGCUCAUCUGCGGGGAGAGCGGUCUAAGCCCGCUCUCUCUGCCUAACCCCAUCUGGCGAGUCUCAUUGAUCGUGAGAACUCGCCUCUCUGAUUUGUAGCAUAGAUAAUGGUCUGCUCACAGCAUACAUUUCCAUAAGUAAGCAGUUUUGUGGCUGAUGUAGCUUCUUCCAGGUUGGCAGCUGACUUGAAGCCCCUAAAUGAACCUGCAGUGGAGGAGACCUAUGCUUCCCUAUCAGAAGUUAUUGUAUCUACUAGGAUUCCAUGCAGACUUGCAAGAGCUGGAGCUAAAACUCUACUGGUGGCUAAAUCCUGAAGAACUUUCUAGGAGCAAAUGACUUGAGGUUUUCCCAUACAGUCAUUCAAAAUAUACCCUAAGGAUGUUUUAUCUUUUGCCCAAGAAUCCUUCAAGACCCAUCUGCGAGAAUAUGGCUUGGUGCUAGAAUGAGGUGGAGGUGGGGUUUGUGCAUAUGGGAUAUGCCUAAGGACAGGAAGGAGAAAGGGAUAUUUUGUAAAAUAUGUUUUCAGUUUCAAACAUGCUACUUAGAAUCAUUUGCAGUUCCAGCCACACUGUUUGUGUCGCUGUGGUAAGCAGAUAUUUGCCCUCUUUUGAAGAGGGAGAAAAAGAUUAAUUGAUGUGUACUCUGUCAAAGGAAUGGAUGGCACACAAUUUCCAAGAAUGAAUAAACAAAUGAAAAUAGCAUAAGAAGGGUUAUAAAUGAUGAAACAUUCUUCCACAGAAACAGGAAAGGAAAGCAUUCUUUGUGUUAUUUCCUGAUGAAUAUGUACCUUGGUCUGAUAUAUAUAGUGCAUGGACUGAAAAGGAUUUUUAAAAAUAUUCUUUUUAAUUAAAAAAAACACACACCACAGAUCUUAGGAUCAGAAAAUGGUAUUGGUAUGGGAGGAAAGAGUUGUGCCGCUUGUCAUCACUCACAUUGUAGGUGGUAUCCAGGAGGCUCCAGUGAUACUCACUCAACAACCCAUAUUCCAUGUGGAGAUUGAAAUGGUGGUUGAACUAUCAAAGGGAAGAAUUGAAUUUUCCAGGGUACAUCCAAUACCCCCAAAAAACAUCUGCACAACAGAAAUGCAAUCUCAGAGAUAUAUCUGCACUUCCCACAACAAAUGAGUAACUACUGUAUGUUUAUUUCACUCAAAACUGAUUGUUUAGAAAGAUCCUUUGUCAUUUUCUUUUAUGAGAAAAGUAGGUUUGAAGUAGAUGACAGGGAUAUAGGAAGAAUAGCCUAAGUAGGACUCUAGCAUAGGAAUCAAAUUAUGAUAUAAAAUUGACUCUUCUUUUCACUAUUGUAUCUGGUGAUGCUUUUAAAGCUUUCAGUCCAAAUAUUAAAUACAUUUGCACCUCAUUUCUUUUUUUCUCUCUCAAGAGUAAUGUUCUAAGUAGAAUGGCAGUGUUUGAGAGUGAAACUUACUAUAGCAGAGACAUGGUUAAGUUAAUAACCAAUUUCGCUGGCACUAAAUAAGUUAAAGGUCAGAUUUUCAGAAUAGCCUCAAGUGCAAAGGUCUGUAUUUGAGUUUCACUCCCCAAAGUUGUUAAGUUGAGAGAUCACUUUUUUCAGAUUUUUUAGCUGGCUAUCUAAAUCCAACCAUAGGCAAAUGUAAGGAACUUGAGCCCUCAAGUGUGCACCUGGAGGAAUAUCCUCUUGCACUGAUAGCAGACCUUAGUUUGCACAGUAUGCUGCACCCUGGUUUUGUUGUUUCUCACUUUCCCACCUUUUCUGUUGUGUUUGUUUGGUCCUAUGUGUGACACCCACAGGAGAUUAUCUAUACAGUGAUAUUUAUUUUGAGUUCCAUCAUAUGUAAUAUUCAGAUAACCUGGCAAGAACACAUUGGCAGACUUCACAGAAAAUCUCCUAAGUCUAUCUUCCUCACCCUAUUCACUGAGUGGGAGGCAUUGCUUAAUUGAGUAUUUUAUUUCAUCCUUGCCUGCCUAUUUCUUUCUGAUUAGCUGUCUUAAGGUGGUAUGGCACGUCUUUUUGUUCCCAGGGAAUUCCAUUCUGUCUCGGAGUCACAGGUCUGAAGGACAGCAAAUGUGGAAAGGGUGUGUCCCCUGCAGUUGCCAGGGUUUGGUCUUCCCACGGCUCCUCUUCCUUCUGGUCCUAAUCUAUACAGUGGUCUUGUAGUGCUAGCUGCUCCAAGAAUUAUUCUUAAACCAUCAUGGCAUUUUAAGAAAUUAAAUGUUUACUGCCUGAGGGAAAUAUUGGUCUGCCCAGAGAUUAUUUUUCCCAAAAUAUGCUGUGCAGCUCUUUAUAUAGAAUGAAUAUUAUUUUACUGCCCACUCAAAAUCAGUCUGUAUGCAGGAGUCUGUCAGCUUUAUUAUUUUUUUCCACUUUCUCUAUCUGCAAAAUAGCAACAAAACAAAACAAAAGCCUUGGUGGAUAGCCUUGAUUUGCUUUAACUUUCCAGCCUUAGCUUGAAGAUAGCAGUAUCAUCUAAUUAAAAUCCAUCCUUUUUUACUCUUGAUUUCUUGGCAGUUCGUGCUCUCUUGUCCAUGUCUGAUCUAGCACCCGCUGAAAUAACCGAAAGACGUUCCAGUGACAUCAGUGGGCAUUAGAGCAUUUUCAUGAACAUAUUUUGUAGCCACCCAGUAACUAGCUAUGGAUUCUCUGAAAUGCCUGUAUAAAUCCACAACUAUCUGGAGCCAAUUUGAGGAAAGCAUCUGAAUGUAUAAGUUUUCUUUAUUUAAUAAAAGCAACUUGCAACUACAAUCGUAUGCAUGUGUAUUCAGAAAUAAAUCCCACUAUAUUUAACAAGGUUUACUUCUUGCUAAUAUGCGUAAGGUUGCAGCCUCACUAUAGGUUUCUUGAGGAGUCUCCUCCUUAAUUACCCCCAGAAGCUGAGUUGACACAAAAUGACAGUGCUUGUACUUCUUGAAAAUCUUUCCUUACUAUUCUUGCUAUAGUUGCCUCUGUUAUUUCAGUUGGGCUCCAGGAGCACAGGCUCACAACUUCCACUAAAUAGGAUCACAACCUGUAAUUUCCAGGCAACAUCAAAUCUUUUAAAAAUCUUUUACUUCUUUAUGCCCACUUAAAUUAUCUUAGAGAAUUAAUUAUGUUGGCAGCAAUGGAUGAAGCAGUCCUGUCAGCAUCCUUUCUUGUCUACAUUUAUUUGUUAUGGACCAAACACAGAAGACAAAGAUGUGUUACCAGUAUUUCAAAUGAGGAAGAAGUGCUUGGAAAGGCUACAUUAUUUGGAGGGGAGCACUGUUAUUGGGUCCACUGUUGUUAUUGACCAUGUCUUAGGUCAGCCAGCCUGAAGAACAUGUUCCUGAUGGUGUGGAUUUGGGGAUAAAGACUGCUCUUAUUCAGCAUUUCAUGUUUCUGAGGCCAGCAAACCUGCAGACAACGUGACUGUCUUGAGUUAGAGAUCAAAAGUUUGACCCAGAGCCCCUAAAAAUCAGUGAAUAUUUUGAAUUUGGUAUUAAAUAUAAUGUCUGAAAAAUAGCUGGCAAAUUGACAGAACUGGAAGCAGCUUAUUUAUCACAUAUCUAACAAGUUGCAAUCUCCUGAUUCUGGGGAUACCAUAAGAUUUAUUUCUUUGAUAAGUUUUGGUGAAUAGUUGCAGAAAACGAAUCCAUCCCAAUGUUAUUUUUGGUAACCCAGGCUAUAAUUUUACUUGACAGCUGUACUGCUGAGAUUACUGCUUCAUUCAUUUCCAGAAUACCAAAUCACAGAUACACUAACCAGUCAGUCCUCAGGGAACUUGAGAAAAGUCCCCACUGAUGGAUAUUUCUUCUUAGUAUUUGAUUGAGAUGUAAAGAUUUUUGAAUACUCUUGGUAAAUAGUUUAACUUCAGUAAUACCAGAGGUAUUUUUCAGGAAGAAAAAGGCAGAUAGAGUUUCAGAAUUCAGCAUAUUUGAGGAAGUCCUGUAGAGAAGGUAAUCUAUUAAAUUCAUAAAAUACUAACAGGGUAAACUCCCAGUUCUGCACUAUUUAACACUGUUAUUGAUCCCAAGAUGGAGGCUGGUGAGAUAAAAUUAAGAAAAUGAUGAUUUAAUAUUAUUCCAGAAUUAUUCUGUUCUGUAUUCCUAGUGUCUGGUCUUCAGUGACUGUGAGGGGCACAAUUCAUUUGUUUGUCUCCUUUCCAAUAAAUUAAUGGCAGGAUAAUACAGAGCUCACCUAAAAGAAAGGAUUCUCUCUAAAUGACCCUCUACUAAAAGAAGAGAAGAAUGUCAGAUCUGGGUGCAGUGUGAUAAGUAUUCUUGUAAAUUGUCAAAAAACAACAGAGGAGCAGAGAAACAAGAGUGGAAGAAGCACAAUUAGUAAGGAACUGGGAAGCUAAGAGGGGGUUAUUUACCCCUAAGGUAACGUGCUACUGCAAAAACACAAACAAUUGUCUAAUAUGUUCUUACUGUCUCUCUUUCUGUCGUGUACUUAAUGCUUUGUAUGAAGGAUCUCUUAUCAUUCAUGAGCCAUGACUCAUUAGCAAGAUCUCACUGUAUAAUAAAGGAGGUUGUGGUUACUUUUAUUUUUUAUUAAUCUUAUUUUGUCUGUGCUUCCAUUAUCUAGUUUGUCCACAUGAGUUCUUCCUGUGACAUCAUCUCCAAGUGCUGGGAGACCAUUUCUCUUGCUUUGUAUAUAUGUGAUUGCUGUGGGCACACCCUUUACCACUGUAUAAAUGACAAUACUGAAGUAAUGAGUCUAGUUUUCUUGAUGUCUUAAAACUAUGAGUGUUGGAAAUUAGGGUUUUAAACUGUUUGUGUACACUUAAGGCAUUGUUCAGUUAAAGAAAUAAAUGUGGCAUUUAUGCAAAUACUGGA